ACGCCAUAAGCGACUGACUUUAGUUUCCAAUGUUUCCAUGACAGCCAUGAUCUGAGAAGUAUUACAACACGAGUUGGUUCGAGUUAGAACUGAUAGUAAUUGUAAACUUGUAGACAGUGUUUUUUGUCGCGAAACAAUCGGAUCACACUCACAUGCUUUCAACGCUUCAAAAUUUAAGAGAUACUUUGUCCGUUCAUACUUUCUAAUGAGUUUAAUAUUCAAACGCUUAAAGAUAUAAAUUCGCGAUUAGUGUAAGAUUGUUUUCCAGUUUAAAAAUUUGUUCCAAUAAUGUAAUCUGUGAUCAUAAUUCUACCUAAUCUUUUAAAUUCAAUGUUUCAAAUUGUAAUACCAAAUCGAGUUAUAAACAUUUCAGUGAAAUAUUUUCCGAGGUUUCAUUACGGUUGCUUAGUAGAAAGUGAAUAAAUUAUGAGAUGGCUAAAUAAACGACACGAGUACAAUCAGAAUUUAGCAGAAUUAGUGCAGAAGACAUCUUUUUGUAAUGGAUGAAUUGUGAGUGGUAGGAGCAGGAAGACUGAAAGAAAAAUAUGUCCCAGGCUACUUAGAAUGAAUUAUUCAUCGAAAUGGAAUAGAAUAUCACAAAGUACCAGAUGGCUUCAGCAGCUACAGCUCGCCACUCCUGGAACGAUCAAUUUCGAUUGAGUUUUCAAGAAAUAGAAAUCAGCUCGUCAGAAGGUGCUACAGCUUUAAUGUACGCAUGCCAACAAGAAAAUGUCGAGCAGUUGAUAGCAAUCUUGAAAAAGAAGCCUCAGACAGUUGGAGAGAGAGACAGAACGUUAAAAACUGCGUUACAUUAUUGUGCAGAAAAUUCAUCUCUCAAGUGUGCAGAAAUCGUUUUAAAUGCUGCCCCGGAAUUAUUAGAUGCUGCGGAUGAAGACGGAUACACAGCUUUACAUUUAGCGGUAAUUGCCGGAAACGUUCUACUAGUAAAUUUUUUACUAUCGAAAAAUGCCGACAUAAAUAAAUUAGACACCGAAAGACAUUCUGUCAUACAUUGGGCAACAGUUUGCGGCGAGAUCGAGCUUUUGCAGAUUUUAUUGAAAUGCGGAGCUAAUCCUUCAACUCCUGAUGUGCAUGGAGGAUAUCCGAUACAUUAUGCUGCACAAAUGUGUGGCACCAGUUCAGAAAUUGGAAAUGAUUUUCGAUUAGGAUUAGGAGUGCUGAGAGUAUUGUUGAAUUACCAUGUUGAUGUUAAUGCGACUGAUCACGAUGGAAGACCGCCAUUAUUAUGGGCUGCUAGUGCUGGAAGCUCAGAUGCUGUAUUGGCUUUGACAAAUGCGGGGGCAUCUAUUCAAGCACAUGAUAAAGAUGGCUUAACUGCCCUUCAUUGUGCAGCCAGUCGAGGUCAUACUGAUUGUUUGGAAACAUUAAUAGAACUUUGCGGAGCCGACGUGGACGUAAUCGAUAACAAUGGUUGUUCACCGUUAUUUUACAGUGUUACUUUAGGACAUGCUGAUGCUACACAAUUGUUACUUCAAUUUGGCGCCAACGCCAAUCGUCAAGACCGCAAAGGACGCACUCCCGCUCAUUGCGGAGCAGCUAAAGGACAAUUCGAAACAUUACGUAUUUUGAAAAAACACAACGGAAAUUUGUGGAUACGAAAUAUUAGAGGAGAUUACUGUAUUCACGAAGCAGUAAAUGCUGGAAGAAAAGAUUUGGUUAAAUGGUUAUUGUCUCAAAGACCUGAUGCGGUAAAUUCUUCCAACGUAGAUGGUCGAUGCCCACUACACAUUGCAGCAAUUACGAAUAAUAUUGAAAUGUGUAAGGUGUUAUUGGAUUAUCAGUCAUUGGUGAAUCCGGUUAUGAAAACAAGUAAAGGUGAUAUGAUGACUCCUUUAGAUGCGGCCCUCUGUAAAAGUAAUAGAGGGUGCGCGAAAUAUUUACAGUUGCAUGGAGGAGUUCCAGCUACUAAAUUGUCCAGCUAUUCGGCGGCUCUAAGAGGACCUCGCAGAAUGGAAUCACAUUCAGAUUAUCACGGUUCUCCGGAUGGUACUUUGGAAGCACCUUUCCAAAAUCGUAAUUCUCGAUCAUUAGAUACCAGUCCUUGCGGAUACCAAACCACUAAGAGCAGAACAGUUCAAGUUCGAAUUGAAGCAAACUUAUGCUCAGAAAAUAUUCGAGAAUCAAACGUAUACAGCGAUGAAAUUAAAUGCACCUACGAGAAAAGUAAACGAAAAGGCACAAAUCAUGGCAACAGUUACCAUCGAAGUGUUAUAAAAACUUCAACCAAUAGAAGUAAUAGCCGUCAAUGCGACAAUGGCAACGAUACCUAUUUCAGCAACAGCUUGGAUUCGAAUUCCAGUGACUUCUCUGAUCGUUCGUCAGAAAAUGACUCUCGAAAGAAAAGAAGACGCCGACGACGACAACGGAAAAUGAGAAGAAAAACAAGCGAAAAUAUUCAAAAAGAAACAGAAAACCUAGAUGCCACAAAUCCAGCCGAGGAACGCGUACAUAAAACUAAAUUAGACGAAGAUAAUGAUAUAAAUCAUCUUAUUGAAACAACUAAAUCGGAAAAUCUUCACACUGUUACCGCACUAGUACAUCGGGAAGAUGAACAAGAUAUGACGGAUAAUAAGAAAAAUGGUAGCAGUGAAAACGAAUAUCAAGAAAUACAAUACCAAAAACUAGAAGUACAGGAUGGAACAAGCGAAGAAGCUGAUUCGUCUAAUGCAAAUCAAAAAGUUGAUCCAGAUAAUCUUGUUGCACCUGAAAAUGUCGAUGUAACGAAAAAAGACCUUGCUGAUCACGAAGAGAUCAUAGAGAAGAAAAUCGUAAAAGAAGAAAUGAAUGAGAUUAAAAAAGAGGAAAAUAAGGAUGCAAGCGGCGCUAAAGUUGAGCCAGAAGCAGUCUCAACUCCAUCAAAAUCGGAAGAACAAGUACAAAAAAAAUCAAAAGAUUUUGAUGAUGGUAAUUCCGCAGAUAAAAGUAAGCAACAAACUCGCGUACAGUUUGAUACCAGUAACUUGGACGUUGAAAACGAUGCGCAUAAUUUAUCAGAUACUCAAAAAUCAAAAACUGAAAACGCUAGAAAUGUAGAGGAAUUGGAACAAAAUACGAAUGUUAUAAAAACAGAAAACGAGACAACAGUAGAAACAACCCAAGAAACCGGAUCCAAAACAGCAACUACCGAAAAAGAAGACCCAUCUUUAAACCAACAGAACGAAGAAUUAAAGGAGGAAACAAAUGACGAUGCUUCUUCUAUUGAAAUCAAAAAUUAUCAGCGAGAAAUUGCCGAAGAAAUGAAAAAUGAUGAAAAUUAUGAAUUUCCUGAAAAUUACAACACCGAUGAGGUAAAACAAGAAGACCAAUCAUCCGUGCGCAACGAGUUUGAUAAUUCCACAAUCGAUACGCGAUCCAACGAAUUAUUCAAUUUAAACGAUAAUUUCACGAAAGAUAGGGGAUUGAUAUGUGUUAUUUUGGAUGACGACGAAACCAUCGAAAUCAAACGUCGCAAAGAUACAAUUAUGGUGAAAAACAGCGCGGAUUUUCAGAACGUCAGUAGAGCAAAGAGUGAGACGAGAAAAACUGAUGAAAAUAGCAAAAAAAUCGAACGUCGCUCUAGAAGCAGUUUUGAAGUUUUACCAGAUGACGACGAAAAACGGGCUUCCAGAUUCACCCCUUAUGAUGAUUCGAAUGCUGGCUCAUCUCGCAAACGGAAUGAAAUUUCUACUAUGGAAGAUGCCUCCAAAAAAGCAAAAAGUAAAAUCCCUCGGGCAACUAAUAAAUUAGACAAAGAAAAUUUUACAGAUGUGAACGUUUCAUCAGUCACCCAAGCUGUUCAAAACAGCUUACGAAAGUAUCACCUAGAGAGGAGGAUUUUUCAUACAUUAUUAGAAUUAAAAAGAUUACAAAUACGAGCUGGUAAAUCUAACGAACAAAUUCUCGUAAAACGUCUCGUUGACGAUUAUCAAAAAGCUGGUUUAAUCGUCGGAUUGCGUCAAUACGAUGGCAUUUACUCAUUUCGCCAUUUCGAAAGAUAUUUAUAUGAACAACUACGCAUUUUACAAUCAGCGAAUAAAAAAGAUAUACCACGAAUCAAAUCAACCGACGACUUCGAAAGAUUGACGAAAGCACUGAAGAGAACUCGAGCUGGUAAGACGUUGCUGCAAAAUGUUCCCGAUAACCCUUUAUUUUGUACCCAUGGAACUCAUCGCUGCAUUCAUGCUACUCAUGCUUACACCGGAAUACCGUGUGCAGCUUACAUUUCAAAAAUAGAUCAUCAUCUGCUACCAAAAACCAACACCGAAUCCUAUCGAUGUUUUUUACCUCGAAUAGAUGAUAAACCUACCCAACGUAAGCAACCUACGGAAAUUGCCAAGUGCUUGAAAAACGUCGAUCCAUCUAAACCAGUUACGCUUGAAUUAAUUCAUGGAGCUGAAAAGCAAAUAAUCUCGUUACCAACCGAGAAACUUGAUAAAAAUAAGCGUUAUUACGUUACAUUUACAAUUAAAGGGUCCAAUAAUACGGAAGAGAGAUCAUCAUCGGAUGGAGAAAAAGAUCUUUCGUAGAUGACCAGAAGACAUCUUCAGCUGUAAUACGUACUUGUGUAUUUUAGAUUUUUAUCUGUCAAAUAACGUGGCUAGGUAUUGAACAAAACUAAGAAAUCAGGAAUACCUACCUGUACCUAGUACCUACUACGUUUUCAAGAAUGAGGAGAUGAGGACUUAUAUUUUUAGUAGAUACAGACGGCGAGGACACUUAAUCAUCCUGCAAUGUGAUUAUAUACGUGCAGUAAGGCAUGAGUAUGAAAAAUAUAAUUUAUUUAUGAUGAUAUUUUUUUUUAUGUAUGUUAUGUAGCUGUCCAAGAGUGUUUUUCAAAAAUGUCGGUUGCUUAAAAAUUUGUACUCAUGAUUUUUAUUAAAUAUACCUAAUUGCGAAUAACUUAAACCAUGAUUAUACAGAUUUUUUGUAAUGUCUGCAGAAUUUAUGUAUUUCCAGUGUAUGUACAAAUAAAAAUAAAGGCAUGAAUACAUAAGUA